UUUGAAACGCGAGAAAAUUGAUUCUGCUUAUGGACUUUUCUUUUCUUUUUUUCUUUUUUAGAAUUUUAAUCGUUGAUGUGAUGAUAAGAUGAGUUUGGGACUACUUGAUGUUGUUUAGAUAUAAUUACCAUAGGAGGUAGUAGGUGAAGAAACAUUUUAAGUAAGUUGGAGUUGGGAUUAGCUGUCCUUAUUUGCUAUCUCUUCUGAUGAUUUCCGUGCUAUUGCGGAUAAGUACUCCAUCUGUUUGAUUACUCGUUUCAUUUAUGUGAAUGAUAUUCUGGGUUUCAGAGAUAGAAAUUUUGAUUCUGAUUCUCUCCCUCUCUCUGUGUUAGGAUCUUUCUAAUUUUGAAUUAGGUGUGAUGGUGAUAUCAGGGUUGAAAGUGCGUUUGAAUUGGGUCUUUGUUUUUUCUGAUAAGAAAAAGAAAAAACAAAAAAUAUAACCAAAAGGCUGUUAGCAAAACUGAUCGAGGAAUGGAUUAUGAUAUUCUCAACUUCAUAUUUUCUUGACUUACUGAUUGAUGAUUUAUGGGAUCUUUUAGAAGAAAAGUGUUUUGAAACGUUAUUAAAAGUUGAAGAAGACAACAGGUGAGGGAAGCAAAAAUCAAACCUACCAAGUGGCAGUGGGCUGAUAGCUAACACUAAGGAUACUUGGAAGGUAAAAUCCGAGUCAUCAACUGGCGCAACUUUGAUUGUACUGCUGAAGGGAACUAAAAAUCUUACCUCAAAUGUUGAUCACAAAAGCUCAAAGUUAAAUAUCUGAAAGAUUUGUUCCUGAAAUGGUUUCUUCUCCUGUACUAAAGGUUAAUGCUGAUCACACAUGCACCAAAGCCAUAGUUGAAAAGUUGGUCGAAGACUUGUUGAGCCAUACACUUGAAAUUCUAAGGACUACUACAGCUGAACUGCGGUUGCUUACCAAGCUUAAUGCGAAAAAUCGGAGGGUGAUUUCGGACUGUGGGGCAAUUAGCCUUUUAGUCAAUUUGCUAAACUCUACUGACACACAAGUUCAAGAGAAUGCUGUUACAGCACUUGUGAACUUGUCAAUUGACAAUAAUUGCAAAAUUAUCCUUGCUCAGGCCAAUGCAAUUGAAGCUUUGAUUCACGUCCUUCAAACUGGUAGCCCAGAGGCAAAGGAAAACUCAGCUGCUACUCUUGGUAGUCUUUCAGUAUGUGAGGAUAACCAGGUUAACAUUGGGAGGUCUGGGGCAAUAGGGCCUCUGGUUGACUUGUUGAGGGAUGGCACACCUCGAGGAAAGAAAGAUGCAGCCACUGCUCUGUUUAAUUUGUCAUUGCUUUCCGAAAACAAGGCUAAAAUUGUGGAGGCUGGAUCUAUCAAGCAUCUUGUGAAGUUGAUGGAUCCAGCUGCUGGAAUGGUUGAGAAGGCAGUGGUUGUUCUGGCAAAUGUUGCAUCAAUAGAUGAAGGGAGGAUUGAAAUUGUACGCGAGGGUGGUAUUCCUUUGUUGGUUGACGCUGUUGAGUUAGGUUCUGCCAGGGCAAAAGAGUAUGCAGCUGCUGCAUUAUUGUGGCUUUGUGCAAUCUCCAGUAGGUUCUGCAUCAUGGCAAUCCGAGAGGGAGCUGUCCCACCAUUAGUGGCUUUGUCACAAUCAGGCACAGCAAGGGCCAAGGAAAAGGCUCGGGCACUACUUGGCUGCUUCAGUAGAAAUAAGCUCGUAUGACAAUGCUAAAAGUCUGGAAGUGACUAAUUCUUAAACAAGGUUUGGCUGUUUCCAUUGCGUUCAUGGUGUACGAUAGGAUUGCUGUUAGGAUAGAAAUGGAAACAUUAAUGUGUAUUAAGAGAAUAUUAGUAUUUAGCUAAGAAGUUGUUAGUGGAGAUUGGUUAUAAAUAGAAUGAGUCUUGAAGGGGCAAUUGUUUAGUGUUUAGGCUUCAGUGAUACCUCAAGACAACAGAGGUUUUAAGUACUUCGAAUUACUCAGGUUAUCUUGCAGUUCUUCUAUCUUUUAUAUUUCAGUAUAUUCGGGUUUUAUCAAUGUAUUUACGUUCAGAUGUUGCGUACAUAUGGGUUAUUGCUCUGUAAUUACUGGUGCAAAAAGAAAAGAAAAACGAGGGUAUAAUAAAGGAAGGAUAGUUUUUAUUGUUUCAUGUUAAAAAAUUGGUAUUGCAAUGUACAUGACGAAGGAUUUGUU